CAAACGCAUCUCAUCCUGGUCCGGCGCUCUUUUGGGGAUUGAUUCUAGAGUUUACUGGAUACUGUGUGGAUUUGAUCAUGUCGACCGGGGUUGAGCUGUUGGGGUUUCUGAUGUGUUUGGGAGGCUGGCUGCUCUCCUUCGUAUCGUUGGUGAAUGAUUCGUGGCGCACGUCGACGUUUGCGGAUCAGUUGAUCACGUCGGUGUGGUACUAUCAGAACCUGUGGCAGUCGUGUACUGAGGCAAGCACCGGCAUCACCAGCUGCAAGCAGUUUGAGUCCAUGCUGUCUCUGUCCGGAUACAUCCAGGCCUGUCGGGCUCUGAUGAUAAUCGCUCUCAUUCUGGGUUUGCUGGGUGUUAUUCUGGCCGCGAUGGGACUCAAGUGCACUAAACUGGGCAGCACAUCUGAGGAGACGAAGGGCAAGAUCAGCCUCACCGCCGGGAUCAUGUUCAUCCUGUCAGGUGUGUGUGUAAUGGUAGCUGUGUCGUGGUACGCCGCUCGAGUCGUUCAGGAGUUCACUAAUCCUUUUUACGGAGGAACAAAGUAUGAGCUGGGAGCCGGUCUGUAUCUGGGAUGGGCGGCUGCAACUAUGGCUAUAUUGGGCGGAGGAAUCCUCUGUUCUUCCUUCAAGAGCUCAAGACCUGCACAAACACGGGGUCAUGACUAUAAAUACAGCUCCACACAGCCGCAGAAGAUCUACAUGCCAGCGCCAGCGUCAGAAAACAGCGCCUCUAAAGCUUACGUCUGAGCCUCUCGUUUUACCUUCAUUUUUUUGUACAUGGAAAUGUGUAUUUUUUUUUUAUACAUGCAUUUCAGAAGUCAACAAACUGAGCUUAUUUAAUGAAAUGAAUGUAUGUACAUGGUUCAUUAUUUCAUAAUCUUGCCUCAGAAUGUAUAUAACUUUCUCCGCUUAUAUGAAAAGACUUCAGUUUUCAAGUUUCAAUCAGCAAAUGUUGGCAGUGUUUCAGAUAAGAUCCUGUUAGAUCAUUUUUUUUAUAAUUCUCUGCAUGCAUGUAAAAUAUCAGCUUUGACUCAAUUCUGAUACAAAAAACGUACUUUACAGUAGAGUUAUUUUUUUCAAAAUCUUUUGUUACUUGAAUGUUUUUUUUUUUUACUUUUUAAAACUUUCAUUUAGUUUAACUUGAAGUACUUAAAUAACUAAAACUGAAAUAAAAAUGUAGAAAAACUAUUGAAACUAACACAAAUUACAACAAAAAUUACUAAAAAAAGAAAAGAAAAAAAGAAAUCAAAAUAUUAAUCAAAACUUUCUUUUCAGCAUCACAUCACUUCCCUGUACAUUUGUUUCUCAUUAAAUCUCCCAUUAACUUUAUAUAUCAUGUAAAUUGUCAUGCUAUGGAUCGAUUUUAGUAUGUUAUAUAAAUGUUACAUGGUCUGUUCUGGUGUUUUGAGAAGCUCAUUAUUUUCUGAAAUUGCUAGUUUGUGUGUUUUGUCAUUGUUUCUGUGAGUAAACCAAUUCUGUGAAAUUUUAGAA